AUGACAUCUUUGAAGUUUGUUGUGGUCUUUCUUGUUUUGCAAGUUGUAUACUCCUGUCCAAAUGGUUAUCAUCAACAUGAUGGGUCAUGUUAUGCUGUGGUACCUAUUGCAACAACAUGGCCGAAUGCUGUGACAUAUUGUAAAGCUAUUGGAGGAUAUUUAUCAGUAGUCGAUGGGGCUGUUGAAAGAAAUUAUUUAAAACAAUAUAUCAACAAUAAAUACGGUUCACAAUUUAAAUAUUACUGGAUUGGUGGCUUGAACUAUGUGGAUGGUUCCUGGGUUUGGGCAGGCUCAGUAAGAACCAUUGAUCCUUUGAUGUGGUACCCAGGGGAACCCUCUGGUAGACCUGGUGAAAGAUGUCUAAUGAUGGUGCAGAAAGAUAAUUAUCUCUUCGGAGAUUUGGAAUGCGAUGCUAAGUACCCUUUUGUGUGUGAAGUAAGGUAA